UUGCGCGUCGCGAUAUCGGGCGCGAGCGGGUUCGUCGGCACGAAACUCGUCGCGAAGCUCCUCGCGGCCGGACACGAGGUCUUAGUCCUCGCCAGGGACGUGAACAAAGCCAGGAGCGCGCUCAAGCCGGAGACGCUCCCGAGAGGCGUCGUCGUCUUCGUGCCGCUGAGCCAGUGGGCGGCGGCGGUGGCGGACGUGGACGCCGUCGUGAACCUCGCGGGAGAGCCGAUCAGCACGCGAUGGUCGCCCGCGAUCAAGGCGGAGAUAAUGGCGUCCAGGGUGAAAGCGACGAAGCGCAUCGUCGACGCGGUGGAGGCGCUCGAGGAGCGCCGACGGCCGAAGGUGUUGGUGAACGCGAGCGCCAUCGGUUUUUACGGCACGUCGGAGAACGCGACGUUCGACGAGAGCGCGCCGCCCGGGGGCGAUUACCUCUCGAAAGUGUGCCAGUCCUGGGAGCAGACCGCGAUGGCGGUGGAGAACGUCGGCGUGAGGGUCGUGCUGCUGAGACUCGGGAUCGUCCUCGACCGCGACGGCGGCGCGCUCGGGAAGAUGCUCCCGACGUUUCAGGUUUUCGCGGGGGGGCCGAUGGGGGACGGGAGCCAGUGGUUCUCGUGGAUCCACAGAGAGGACGCGGUCGGGAUCAUCAUGGAAGCGAUCUCGAACGAGUCCAUGUCUGGUCCGGUGAACGUGACCGCGCCGAACCCGGUGAGGAUGGGGGAGAUGUGCACGGAGAUCGGCGCCGCGUUGGGACGGCCGUCGUGGCUGCCCGUGCCGGAUUUCGCCAUCCAGGCGCUGCUCGGCGAGGGCGCCACCGUCGUGCUCCGAGGGCAGAAGGUGGCCCCGAGCGCGGUGCUGAGGUCGGGGUACAAGUUCAAGUACGAGCGCAUAGACGACGCGCUGAAGAACAUCUUG